AUUUGCAAAAGUGCCGCAUAAAUUUUGGGAAAUAUAUUCAAAAUUUAUUAAGUAAUUAUUCCCAAAAACAAAGUAAACUUUAAUGAAUAUUAGUCAGAUCUGAAAAUAAAUAAAUAUUCAUUCGGAUUUGUGAAAUAUUGUGAAAAUGGAUCCUCCUUCAGUACCGGCUCGAGUUAUUAAGGUUUUGGGUAAAAUCGGCGCACGCGGAAUUCUUACCGAGGUUCGUUUGGAGCUGCUCAAGUUUCCACGCACGCAAGUUUUACGUGCUGUCAAGGGUCCAGUACGUUUGGGUGAUAUUAUCAGAAUUACCGAUGGAGAAGUGAAUGUUUGGCGUCGUUAAUAUUUAAAUUCAAAAAUCAUAUUUUUGGUCCGUGUUGACAAAAUUCAAAUGCAUUUAUAAAUU